CCCAAAUAAAGUUAGAACAACAUUCAAACCAUUCUCUUAAAGAAAUGAGAACGAGGCAAACAAUGGAUCCAUUUCAUCAAUAAUUGUCCACCGCCGAAUACUACUCUCCAACUUCACAUUACGCUACCAAUCAUUGGAUUUUGUUUGUUGCUAAAGCAGAAGUCUGUGCUGAUGGGGAGUCGGCUCUCCUCAACAAUAUAGACGUAAACAUACAGCAAUUACGACAUCGCAUCCAGUUCUCACAGGUAACAGUAGCGUAUUUGCCGCCUAUUUUCUCAGUCAACCUUGCCCACGAUGUUAGCGGCCCGAGAUCAAGAGAAUUUGGCUUUUAGCCACCAGAAUGGUGCUGCCCUGAAGCAGCAGCAAGGGCAAGCGAAGCGCCAACUCCAGCCCAAGACACCCGGUGCAAGAUAUGCGAACACACCUAUUAAAGUCCCUCUAAAUGACGAAAACGGUGCAGGUGGUGCCAAGAGCAUCCUCGGUGGUAGAUCAAGAGGCAAUGAGAAUACACUCACAACCAAAGGAGGCAAAAGUGUGAAUAAGUCCAACCUUGCCACGCCCUCAGGUCCGCGUAGCAGAGCACCUUUGGGUGACAAGACUACCAACGCAAAAGCAAAGGGUUCGCAGGCAAUUACUGUUAAGAGCGCUGCUCGCGAAUUAGAAAAGUCCCAGGGCAAGGCACCGGGAACUAUUCGACCCAAGCAGAAGCAACCGCAAGCCGAAUUACAGAAGUUAGUAGUUCACGCCGAAGGGGCGGAUUCGCUAAGUGAAGAGGAGAUUGAAUAUUGUCCUCCUAAACCGAAGGACCUCCCUUAUGAGUCUGACGUGUUUCCUGAUGGUGCCCUCAAAUUUGACGCCUUAAAACCAGAGAACUUAUUCAAGGGCUAUUAUGACCAUUAUUUUAACCCUGUUGAUGAGAAUGGCGUCUCAUUGGCUGACAGAGAGUUGGAAGAGAGAAACCGAAAGGCCAUGGAGGAAUGCGACAGGCGCAUCCAGGAAGAUAUCGACAGCAUCGAGUGGGGUAUUCAAGAAGAACCGGAGACCACUAAUAAGGCAACCUUCGUUCCAACUCGAGCACCUCUCGGGGUUAAGAGAACGGCGAUGAACAGGGCGCCAUCCACUAUUCAAGCAAAGAAGGCUGCUAGAGCUCUAUCGAUAGAUGAUACGACUAAGUCACUACAGCGAAAGGCAGCAAGGCCCGUGGAAGUCAGUAGAAUCCCGGCCAAGAAGACUACAUCUCUUCCUAUACCUAGCUUCAGACGACAAGUCGGCACCCAGUCCCAGGUACUCCCUAGGAAAACAUCCACGGAGAUCGAGGCAAAUUCACGAACUACAAUUGGCUAUAACAAAGGUCGAUCUACUGCCUCGAUACUUGCUCAGGGGACCACGAAGCCCGAAAGACCUGCAUCAAAGACUGGAUUUUCCCGUACUAACACGACGUUGUCAAACGAGUCUGACCGAACUAUCACUCCUGCUCGAUACGCUCACACACAAGCUGUAGUCGCGGCCGAAGAUCAGGAGUGGAAGGAGAGGGUUCCAUUCCUCUCCAUCUUCAACCCCGAGGAGGACGAGGACGACGAUGACUUCGAUCUCCUCGCGGGAAGUACGCUCAAAGGUCCAUGUGUGGACGAAGACGAAGAUUUCGAGUUCAAACUUGCUGAUUAGAAGUUUCCUGCCAUGCACAUUAUAAUAGGAGUCGGUGGUUGAUUUUAUGAAAUGGAGUUGGCGUCUGCUCGCGUGCGCAUUAGACUUUACUACAUGCAGAAAAAAAUGCCUCUGACAGUAUUAAGGCUCUUCUUGUAUUGAUAGUUCAUUAAGGCAGUUGGUUACAGUAUUCUACCUAUACUAUGUAAUGAGACCUUUCAAACACCGGUCCUAGAUCAAGUUGCAUUUAGUGAGCUAGGUUGGCUAGCCUUAAUGAAUAUACCUAUGUCUUAAGUUGGCCCUGCAAACGCUCAGUUCACUCUUUAGUUAAAUUGUGCAAAAAAUAC